AAAAUUGUAUUCAUCGAGGUCGAUAAAGAUAACACCCAUUCCGUUACCUAAUUUUUGUUUUGGAAUAAUUUUGCAAUCAUCCAAAGGAUUCGCGAAAUAGAAUGAUAUGUAUUGCCCCUAUAAGUACUCAUUAUUCAAAUAACUGGUAUAAUUCGAGUUCAAGGUUCAUGACGCCAGCGAUUUCGUUUGCGCAGACCGAAUGGAUACAACGUGCAUAACGCUUUAGAAAUAUAUCUGCAGAAAAUUCAUAAAUGUAGUAUGAGUCUGUAUAUUAAAAUCAUGUGAGUUCAGCAUCCGUUAGUGUCCAUUCUUGUGAAGUAAUAAUUAAAAACUGUUGUCUUUUCAUUGAAAUCGAAUAAGUUAUAGGUUGUUGUCCAGUCCAGCAGCUCCACAAUCUGCUUCUGGAUAUUUCUAAAUCUUAUUGGAUCUUGAUUAAUGUCCUUCUGACGAUACUGAAUUUUUAAUGCCAGUUAAACAGAUUAUUUUCAAUGUUGGCUUGACUGAACACAUUCGAACAGCUACAAAAUUCUCUGGAAGAAGAACAAGAAGAAGAAGAAGAAGAAGAUUACUAUAUAAUGACUGAUAUUUACAUUUAACUAUUUACAUCAUGAUGUUACGUGAUAUCAGAUAAAAAUGUUACUUUUCAAGGGAAUGGUGGUCAAUGGACAAUAUGAGAAGUCUGAGGUGCACUUUUAUGGUCAUGGUAGGACUUAUGGUUAUCACUGUAAUUACUAUAUGGAAUUUACAAGGAUAUAUGGCAGCUGAUACUGUAUUAGCAAUGUCUGAUGAUAAUUUGCAAUUAUGUUACGAGUCCAUAGUUAUGAAGUCUUCUGUGAACUCCAAUAAUGUAAAACUACCUAUGAUAUAUUUUGUUACACCAACAUACCCUAGGCGGGAACAGUUUCCUGAGCUAAUGCGACUCGGUCAGACAUUAAUGCACGUAAAGAAUUUACAUUGGAUUGUUGCUGAUGACAAUAAAAAUUGCAAUCCAAAUUUGAUAUCCUUGCUAAAAAAAUUUGAAAUUCCACUGACUGUUUUUGCCAGUCCGAUGCCAGAGGUUUAUAGGAAACGUGAUAAACAGCAAGUUCCUCGCGGGGUAGCCAAUCGUCGCGCCGCUUUAUCCUGGAUAAGAAAUAAUGCUGAAAGUGGUGUUCUCUACUUUGGAGAUGAUGACAAUACAUUUGACCUGGAUCUGUUCCAAGAGAUUCGUCAUACAAAAAAAGUAUCUAUGUUUCCAGUUGGCUUAAUAGGGGAGUUUGCUGUUAGUGCUCCUGUUGUCAAAGAGGGAAAAGUUGUUGGCUUUUUUGAUUCUUGGCCAGCAAAUAGAAGAUUUCCAGUUGACAUGGCUGGUUUUGCUGUUUCCAUCGAGUUUUUGAAACUUUCUCCUGGUGCUAUCAUGCCCUUCAAAGUUGGUUUUGAAGAAGAUGUGUUUUUAAAAAGUUUGGGUAUUCGUUAUGAAGACAUAGAACCUCUCGCCGAUAACUGUACAAAGAUAUUAGUGUGGCACACGCAAACGGUUAACAAACCAAUUCCUACAUUACGCAUUGUUAACGAGGAUACUGGUACAUCAAUAAAUGAAUUAAUAAACAACAUUUCUGAAAUGGGAGUAAUAAAGUCUAGUCAAAGAAAAGGAACAAGUUUAUAUUACACUAAUAGUAACGGACGCAUAACGUUUUGAGAUGAUUAUGGUAGCUUUUGGCAUUAAAAGUUCUGGAGAGUAUUUAAAAAGCAAGUAAUUAGAGUUGGAUGAUGAUAUGUACAUACAAAAGGAAGUUCUUCUAACGUGGAACAUUGUGCUGGCUGUGCCACACAAGCUUUUCACUAUCUGUGUGAGUAUCUCCACAGAAAUGUUGUAAACGGUUGUUAAAAUAAAAAAGACGAGGCUGUUAAAAAUAAUCUAGGAUUCUGGUAAUAAUGAAAUACAAUUUAACGUUCGAUCUGAUAGUUUGAUAAAGUAUCAAAAUCUAAUAGUUAUUUAAUGACAUUUAAAUAGUGUGAUUCAACUCAUUAUUUAAACAAUAUUAAUAUUUAAUAUUUUUGCGCGUAGAUCUUGUUCUACAGGUAAUUUCUCGAACACAAUGAGAUUAUGAAAUAAAUUAAAAUAUCAUAUUGUGUAUAAAAAUAUAAGGCUAAAUAAAGAUUAUUUCAUUAUA